GGAGAACAAGGGUCAGGACGAUAUCUCAAAGGGUUCCGCGUUAAGCGGUCAGUGUUCUGCUAUUGCCUUCUCUCUCCCAAAUUUAAGUGGUAGCCAAAACAAUUCCAUCCUUCCGCGACUAGAGAUGGAAUACUUAACAAACUCUGAAUGUGCUUCUGUUCGUCAAAAAGAGCUCAUUUCAGCAAUUAUAGAGGUUUUCCAACGUCUAUCUCAGUUAGAACUAAAAGGAAGCAAACUUUCCUUGCAAGUUAAACCGAAAGCUACAUGGGACGUUUGUUUCAUGGAAGAUGACAUUUUAACCCGACGUUACACUCCAGACAGUGUAAAAACUAUUCAUUUUAAUCGCAAAAAUGGGCAUCGAUUUUUACUGGUUGUAUUUCUUUUGUCGGAAAUAUUCAAAUUACUCGCUACUCAAUCUUCAUGCACAAAACGGGAACUUUACUAUCGGAAUAUACAACUCACCCAUAACCAACAGACUGUCGAUGAAGGUCUGCGAGAUGUAUGCUUUCUACUGAAGGCUGAUUUGUGGGAGUUGAACGUUUUUUCCUCCUCCAAAGGACUUGUAGCCGGACCGCUUCAGUUCCGUUCGAAACAUGAGGAAAUGGUUGACUGUUUCAAUUCCUUUGGAACUCCCAUACCAAGCGAUGUUAAUGGUUUAGUGGAUAUUAACGUUACUGCUGAUCUUGUGUUAAUCGUUGAGAAGGAUACUGUUUUUCGGCGGCUAUUAGAUGAUGGAAUACUAGAGAGACUCUCGAAGAGGCUAAUAAUUAUCACGAGUAAAGGCUACCCGGAUGUUAGUACGCGUCUCCUACUAAAGAAAAUUUGGAAUAAGUACAAAACUCCUAUGUACGCGCUGGUGGAUGCAGAUCCUUACGGCAUCGAAAUCUACUGUGUGUACAAAUUCGGUUCACUGGUAUGUCUAGAGCUGAACGGAGUUUUUUCUACAAUCUCUUAUCAUAUUAUUUUCUCCCCAAGGCUCUAUCCCACCAAUCACAGCACCUUGCAGUGCCUGCAAUCCGCUGGCUGGGAGUUCGUCCUUCCGAAAUAGCACUGUUAGACCUGAAGCAGCUCCCGCUUACCAACCGCGAUCGAACACGGAUAAAUGAACUUCUGAAA